UCUCGCCCCCUCUCUCCUCUUCAUACCCCGAGUCAAUCUCUCUCUAUUAUUGAUACGCUAAGUUAAUCUCUCUAUCGCCUCCCUCUACCGAGUCAUUGUGUCCCCCUUUCUCUCUUUCCACUAUAAGGGUCACUCUCUUCAGGAAACAAUGGCAAAGUCGAAGAACCACACAGCUCAUAACCAAUCUUACAAGGCUCACAAGAAUGGAAUCAAGAAACCCAGAAGGCAGAGGCACACCUCCACAAAAGGGAUGGAUCCUAAAUUCCUGAGGAAUCAGAGGUAUGCUAGGAAGCAUAACAAACCCAAUGGGGCUUCUGCCACCGAAGAGGAAGAAUAGAAUCGAGAUUUUAGGGUUUUAAAAUGCAAUGACUAUUUCAGUACAUUUCUCUUAUUUUUUUAUGGGCUAGGUCUUUAUUUUUGAUUGACUAUGGAGUUAUUGACAAGGGCCUGACAAGGGCCUUAAUUUUGAGCGUAUGUAAUAGUAAUUGUUGGAUUCACUCAUUCGACGAUAUUAUCAAUUUUAUUAAUGUUGUGUGUUUAA